UGCAUAGCUAAUCAAUCUAUUGAAACCAUAAAACAUUCCAAAUGCUGCGCUAAAACUUAUCAAAUCAGUCGCUCCACACUGCAAAGCACAGCACACGAAUUCCACACCACACACUCGCACUCCGGAAAAUGUCUGGUGCACAGCUGGCAAUUUUAACAGUUAUUGUGCUGCUGGGGACCGCGACCGCUGGCGUCCCGCUGCAGCGAUACGAGGCACUUCUGAAGCAGCAGUCAGCGCCUACCGACGACCAGUUGGGCCUGUACGACGAGAAUGACAAGGUUGUCCAGCUGAGUGUGGCCAACUUCAACGAGACCGUGUUGGAGCAGAAUCACGGCUCGCUGGUGGAGUUCUACAACACAUACUGUGGGCACUGUAGGCGAUUUGCUCCCACUUACAAGCAGGUGGCGGAGCAGCUGUAUUCCUGGCAGGAUGUGGUAAUUGUUGGUGCCAUUGACUGCGCGGCAGAGGAGAACAAUGGAAUCUGUCGCACCUACGAGGUAAUGGGCUAUCCAACGCUCCGCUACAUGGGUCCUGGCUUCCAGCCUAGUGUCAAGAACUAUGGACAGGAUCUCAAAUCGCAGGAUCCGGCCGAGAUUCGCAGCCUAUUGGCGGGCUUCCUGGCCGCCGAGAACCUAACAAGCAGCACCAACAACACCUACUGGCCAAACUUCCACCAUGUCACGGAGAACGACUCCACCUCAACCAUCUUCGAGGGCCUGAGUAGCCUGCGCGAGUUUGUGGCACUUGUCUACGAGCCGGAGAACUCUACACUGGGCAUUGAAACGGCUCUGUUCCUGCUCCAGUGGCCCGCUCUGCAGGUGCGCCGCGUCAGCGAUCUGACGGCUGCUUCCAAGUUUAAAAUUGAUCCCACCAGCCAUCAAUUGUCUAUUGUGGAUCGCAAAGGGGACAUCACACCCUACGCACCUGCUGAACAGACUGGCCCAUCGUAUUCCGAGACCAUUCGGUUAGCUCUGGGCAAGAAGAACAUAACUCCGCGGCCGGAGAAGGCUGAGAUCCAGCAUGCUGCGGUGACAGCUAAUGGAGAAAAGGCUGAGCACAAGGCAAUCCUCGAAGAAGUGCAUCGCAACAAACAUUUCGUUUACCAGGCAGAUCUCGAGCAGGCCAUCCGCACAGUGCUGCACAACGAAGUGCCAAAGGUGAACGAGAUCGGAGGCGAACGUCUACUGGCCCUCCAGCGCUUCCUGGGCGUGCUGCAACGAUACAACCCUUUGGGACACAAUGGCAACCAGAUGCUGUCCAAGCUGAAGGACUAUGUGGUCCAGUUCAAUCAGGAGCUGACAGGCAAACAGUUCGAGCAAGAGCUGCAGCGACUCGAGAGCCAACUGAGUCCCAUCUACUCGUCCACGCACUUUGUGGGCUGCACUGGCUCCAGUCCAAACCUGCGGGGCUUCAGCUGUUCCCUUUGGACCUUGUUCCACUUCAUGACAGUGCAGGCGGCCGAGAACGAGGAUUCGCUGGAUCCCCUCGAAGUGCUACAGGCCAUGCACGGCUACAUCAAGAACUUUUUCGGCUGUACCGAAUGUGCCGAUCACUUUCAGGCAAUGGCCUCGAGACGGAAGAUAUGGAGCGUGCCGAACAAGGAAGAAGCCGUACUGUGGCUCUGGGCAGCGCAUAACGAGGUGAACCAGCGCCUGGCCGGCGACAACACAGAGGAUCCUCAGUUUCCGAAGAUCCAGUUUCCGAGCGAGAAGAGCUGCAGUCAGUGCUACCGCACGCCCGGCUCCACGUCGGACAAAAUGGAAAUCAACUGGAACAAGGAUGCCGUUCUGAGUUUCCUCAAAAACAUCAACAAUCCACAGUUUGUGAGCAGAUACGGCGUGCAACGGGAGGAUCUGCUGCAUGCGACGGCGGAGAAAAUGCGACAAAAGCGUCAGAUUUCGAGUGUAUUCAGCGACAUGGAUAUGCGGAUGGGUAUGCUUCUCUACGCCUUCUGCAUUGUGAUGAUGGUCGUGGCAUUCAAGUUGUUCGCCUUUAAAGGAUAUCGCAAGAAGCCCUACGGACACGACCUGCUUGGCAAAGUAUAGGCCUAGAGACAGAGCGACAAAAGCGAACCAAUCUUCAAAGGAUGCUUCCACUAAUUUAAGUAAUGACACAAACACCGAAAUGCCGGAAUUUACACAAUGACCACCACCUCUUCAAUGAUUUUAUUGGUAGCACACCCACAAUUAUGUUUAAGAUCAAAGUGUAUAUACGAGCAGGAUUCCUCCAGUUUUAGUCCCAUAACAAUACCGAUAACAUUCGCUUUUUUAUAACGACGAUGCACACUCUUAUGACUCUUUUUCUUAAGUAUGCAAAUGUGAUUACCCUCAAUAACAAUGACAACUCCCGUGUGCGUUUGAAUAAAAUGUUAAAUGCAA